GCAGCACUCCUUUUUCACGAGCCGUAGAGAGCGAGAAAGUGGCUUUUUUUUUUACGGUUUCCUGAUAAAGUAAAAGCUCAUUUGAGGAACCAAACAAAAAAAAAAAAAAACGGAUUUCUUGGUGAUCCCAAGUGAAAAAAACGGGUUUAUUGAGUCUCUUUGUUCUGUUUCUUCCUCGAGAUUCUCAGUGACUCGUAAAUUCUCCAUUUUUAGUUUUCCUCUGUUUCGAUCUUUUUGCAACUAUUGAUCACAGCUGUUCUUUUUACAUGCGUUACUUGAGAGUUGUUUAGUAACGGUUGCGUUGGCUGUUGCAACGGAGAAAAAACUGAAAAAAGUUUGAUGAUGAAGGGAAGAUCAACCAACAAUGUUCAGACGAAUCUGUCUACGAAGAACGGGAAAAGAGAUCAAAAGCUACAAAAGAUGAACAGCGCUAAAAAAAUAUCAGGGCAAGAAAGACUCAAGCCUUUGGAUGCUAAGGAGGAAACUAAAGUCUCUGAAGUAGUAAGUGAUGUAAUUACACAAUCAAAUAAGGAUGAUGAAGAUAUCGUUAAUAGGUCGUCAGAUCAUUAUCAAGAGUCCGAGACUAGUAUAAUUGAAGAGAAAACCAAGAAAGAAGAGGGUGCAAAUGGCUCUGUUUGUGAUUUGGUAAAAGAUGAUGAUGAUGAUGAGAAUGAAAGCAAAGAGUUUGAUGCUAUAGCUAAUGCAAAUGACAAAGGAGUCGAAGAUUGGGAAGAUGCUUCAAAUGGUGGCAUUAGCGGUGGAAGUGAGAACGAGGCAGGUGUUGAUGUCAAAGAGAAUAGUGAGGAUGAAGAAGUAUUGAAACAAAAGAUUGAGAAUUUGGAGACAAGAAUUGAGAAACUCGAAGAAGAGCUAAGAGAAGUUGCAGCGCUUGAGAUUUCACUCUACUCGGUUGUACCAGAACACUCUAGCUCAGCUCACAAGCUUCACACGCCUGCUCGAAGAAUUUCAAGACUCUAUAUCCAUGCCUGCAAACAUUGGAGUCAAGGAAAGCGAGCAACCGUCUCUAGAAACUCGGUGUCUGGUCUCAUUUUAGCUGCUAAAUCUUGCGGAAAUGAUGUUUCGAGGUUGACCCUCUGGUUAUCGAACAUCAUUGCUUUGAGAGAGAUCAUUUUGCAGGCUUUUGGCAAUACUAGUGUUCCUAGUCAUUUCACAGACACCUCUGAAUCAAAUGGGAGUGAACAUAUUGGUUUAGGGAAGCUUAGAAGGAAGAAUAACAAAUGGUCUAAGCAGUCAAAUAGUUUCAAGCAGGUCCUCGAAGAUUGGCAGGAAUCAGAAACCUUCACUGCUGCAUUAGAGAAAGUUGAAUUCUGGAUUUUCUCUAGAAUCAUUGAAUCUGUUUGGUGGCAGGUUUUCACUCCUCACAUGCAAUCCCCGGAAAUUGGCAGUAAAACAAAUGAGAAACUAAUUGGACCUGUUUUGGGAGACCAUAUACAAGGAAGCUAUUCAAUAAGCCUAUGGAAAAACGCUUUCAAAGUUUCUCUAUCACGGCUCUGUCCAAUGCGUGGAGCAGGUCACGAGUGCGGUUGCUUACCUAUCUUGGGUAAAAUGGUGAUGGAGAAGUGUAUAGCUCGACUUGAUGUAGCCAUGUUCAAUGCAAUUCUGCGUGAGUCAGAGCAUCAGAUUCCCACGGAUCCCGUCUCUGAUCCUAUCCUAGAUGCUAAAGUCCUGCCUAUCCUUGCUGGAGACUUAAGUUUUGGAUCCGGAGCACAGCUUAAAAACGCGAUUGGAAAUUGGUCAAGAUGCCUCGCUGAAAUGUUCUCUAUAAACACUAGAGAUUCAGUAGAAGAAAAUGACCCCAUAGAUAGCGAGAAAUCAUUCAGUUUGCUAAACGAACUUAGUGAUCUACUUAUGCUUCCAAAAGAUUUGUUAAUGGAACAAUCCAUUAGAGAAGAGGUAUGCCCAUCGAUAAGUCUUCUGUUGAUAAAAAGAAUACUCUGCAACUUUACACCUGACGAGUUCUGUCCUGAUGAUGUUCCUGGAGCUGUCCUAGAAGAGCUUAACGCCGAGAGCAUGUUGAAGCAUAAGUUAUCAGGAGUUAGCUUCCCUUAUGCGGCUGCUCCUGUUUCAUACAUUCCUCCAUCAUCAAUCAACAACGUAGCAGAGAGAGUUGCAGAGGUAGAAGGAGACAUCUCUAGAAUGUCGAGGAAUGCGUCUAUGGUACAAAGAAAAGGAUACACGAGCGAUGAAGAGCUGGAGGAAUUAGAUUCUCCUCUUACAUCCAUCAUUAAAAACGUAUCGUUGUCACCUUCCUCACAGAACAGGAAUGUAAAGAAUCAAGUUGAGCAGAUAGGUGCAGUUGUUGUUACAAAUGCAAGAUAUGAGCUACUAAGGGAAGUGUGGUCUAUGUGAGUGACUUGAAACCAAAUAUCGAGUUCUUUAGGGAAAAGACCUUUGCUACCAUCUACUGAAAAAAACCAAGUCUUGUCGAAGUUAUAUUACAUGUAGCCGCGUGAAUAUGCUCCUAGCGAAUUAUAUUUAGUAGCUACUUUUUUUUCCUGGAAA